CUUUUAGUUACAAACUGGUGUUUUGAAAUGCUGUGUACUUUGAAAAAAAGAGUGUACUUUGUUCCAAAUUUGGUUAAGAUUUAACAAUCAAAACAAUCAAAACUAAAAGCACUUAUUAAAUUUAUUGACUGAAGUUCACAAUGUGUUAGAACAAGUUUUGGCGUUUUUUAAAUUGUUUUUUUAACCCAAAAGCUCAACUCUAAUUUUAAAGUUUCAUAUUAAUUUUGUACAUACUAAUGUAGAAAUAAGAUAACGUGUAUAAAAGAACAGAUUUUGAAAAUGUCUCAAACUAAAGUAUCAGAAAACAUUGGUGUUGCGUGCAAGCUUGCUGAAGCAAAAGAGUAUUGGACCUGUAAUAGAAAAGAAGCAGUCAAAAUACGUUUUUCAGGUACUGAAGACAGUUUAUCUAACUCUCCAGCCAUUUCCAUUCCAGAAUUUUAUAUGCGGGCAGUAAAUAAGUUUUCUAAUCGAACCGCCAUCAAAGUAGAAAAAGAAGGAAAGUGGAUUUCUUGGACAUUUCAAAAGUGUUUGGAGGAAGUAAGAACAGCAGCUAAAGCGUUUAUUAAACUUGGUUUAGAACCGUCAAACAGUGUUGGUAUACUCGGUUCCAAUUCACCGGAAUGGUUUUUUGCUGAUGUUGGGGCAAUCUUUGCAGGAGGAAUAGUCGCUGGUAUUUACCCUACAAAUAGUUCGGAGAUGUGUCACUUUAUUUGUGAAGACUCUCAUUGCAAUAUUGUUGUUGUUGAAAAUGAAUUUCAACUUGAGAAGAUUUUAGAGUUUUGGGAUCAACUACCUUUUUUACACGCUGUUGUGCAAUAUACUGGUGAAAUUAAAGAAAAAAGACCCAAUUUAUAUACAUGGAGUGAGUUUAUGGAAAUUGGCAGAAAUGUUGAUGAUUCAAUUCUUGAGCAACGAGUAAACAUGCAAGCUCCAAAUAAAUGUUGCAUUCUAAUUUACACUUCAGGAACAACUGGCAAUCCAAAAGGAGUAAUGCUUUCACAUGACAAUAUCUGUAUUAAUACUAUAUGUGUUGUACGACUAUUAGGAAUUGAAAAUGAUAGCUUUCAGCAUCAGCUGAUUAGUUAUUUGCCUCUAUCUCAUAUUGCUGCUCAGAUAAUUGAUAUUUGGAUUUCAACUUUAGCUGGCGCAUGUUUGACUUUUGCUCAACCUGAUGCAUUAAAAGGCUCUUUAAUUAAGACACUUAAACAAGUACGCCCUACUUUGUUCGGUGGUGUUCCGAGAGUCUAUGAGAAAAUAGAAGAAAACUUAAAAAGUGUUGGAGCAAACAUGACUGGUUUCAAAAAGAAGUUAAGUGGCUGGACUAAGCAAAAACUUUUACUUGCAUACAAAAAUCAUGAAUUAGGAGAAUCAGAACCAUUUGGAACAUUUCUCGCAAAAAGGCUAAUUAAAAAAUUACAUAGGAAGUUAGGUUUGGAUCGUUGCCAGAUGUUGUUUUGUGGUGCUGCUCCAAUAUCGAAAGAAACAUUAGAAUACUUCCAAAGCCUCUGCUUACCGUUAAAUGAAAUUUAUGGAAUGAGUGAAUCUACUGGUCCUGUAACAAUGUCCACACCAAAACAAUCCAAAUUUUUAUCAAUCGGAAAACUCUUAUCUAUUAACGAAGGCAAUAUUUUAAACCCUGAUGAAAUUGGUUGUGGCGAAUUAAGCUUCAGAGGUCGGAAUGUGAUGAUGGGUUACUUAAAUAGCGAACAAAAAACAAAAGAAGUGUUAAGCAAUGAUGGCUGGUUAAGAAGUGGAGAUGUUGGAAAGCGUGAUAAGAAUGGUUUCUUUUAUAUAACUGGAAGAAUUAAAGAAUUGAUCAUAACUGCAGGAGGGGAAAAUAUAGCUCCAGUUCCAAUUGAAGAUAAUAUCAAAGCUGAAUUACCUUUAAUAUCCAUUGCGAUGGUGAUUGGAGAUCAAAAGAAAUAUUUGACAUGUUUGUUGACUCCUCGUGUUGAAAUAGACAUGGAAACAGGGUUGUCAACAGACAAACUUCUACCGAUGGUUGUGAAAUAUUGUAGUGAACUUGGAAUUAAUGCUACUAAAUCCCAAGAGAUAUCUCCAAAUGUUCCAGAACCACUACGACAAGCAAUUCAAUCAGGCAUAGAUUGCGCUAACAAAAAAGCCAUAUCAAAUGCAUCAAAAGUACAAAAAUGGACGCUGCUCCCUUAUGAUUUUACCACGGUUGGGGGAGAACUUGGCCCGACACAAAAACUUCGUCGUCCUCAUGUCAUGAAAAUGUACCAAGAAACUAUUGACGAAAUGUAUAAAUCAUAACGAAGGCUGAAAAUGAGCGACUGUAGUCCUCACUGUGGGUUUUUACAUACUUUUUAAAUCAGCUUUGAAAAAAAUAACACUUUCAUUACAAUUUCUCUACUGCAAAAUUGAUCUUUUAAAGAUUUCAUUAACAAAUUAUUACACAAGCAUUUAUUAUUCUCAUUUAGUUUUCAUUUGUAAAAAUUAUGCAUACAAUUAUUUAUACAUAUGUAAAUUACUUA